AUGCCCAAACCUGCUUCUCCCACAAAGAGCGUUGUCGCAAAAAAGACCUGUAGUGAUCUUGCUUCCAAGGUAGAAAAGGCAGUUCAUGCUUUCAACCUCUGGUGCCAGCAGUGUCUGCAUGGCGAUGCUGCUGCUCAUGACAAAUUUGCUCAUGCCAUAAAGUCGUUUUCUACCGAUUGGAAGUGUGUUUUUGCCAGCGGUGACAAGGCAGAGUAUUCUGGCAUUAAAGAUUGGUUCAACUAUGAUCUCAAGGUUGCCAACGAUCCUUUGGCCAAGUGUCAUUCCAGUAACUUUGAGACCAUUUGGGAAAAUCAAGAUGCAAUUCUUUUAAGCUAUGAUUCCGAAUGGUCCAAAAAGGGAGUGCCGACCCACACUAUAUACAGUGCCAUGUGGAUCAAGGAUAAAGACGCACCACAUGGUGUCAAGUGUGUGUACUGGUCCGAGAGCCAACAGAAAAAGACAGAAUGCACUGCUGUGGAUCUCCAAGAACAUUCCAAAGAGGACAAGAAGCGUCAAGCAGAAGAGCACGCCCAACCCAAGUCGCCCAAAAAGACCAAAUAA